UUCGACUUCAUUUUCCCGCCCUGGAAGAAACAACGGGACGUGUACGAAGCUUGUGUGGAGGCGCAGAUUCGCCACGUCCUCGAGGCUCAACAACGGAGACAGCAGCAGCACGCAACGGUUGUAGCGUACGGACAAACUGGCACGGGGAAAACGUACACUAUGGGCAUGCUAAGCGACUUUCGAGAUGACAAGGAGCAGGGGCUGAUCCCCCGCGCGUUGUCUCAAGUGCUGGAGUUUGCUGCUGGUGAGGAGACUGAGGACGAUUCAAUGGAGACGGUGGUGACGUUGUCGUUCUUGCAGAUAUACCUCGAAACGGUUCAAGAUCUUCUCGCCUUGCCUGGGUCCAGUGCAAAUUGCAGUGCAGCUAGCAGUGACCUCCCUGUACGGCAAGGACGCGACGGAACAUUCUACGUCACAGGCUUGAACGAGUACGAGAUAUCGUCGGUGGAGGACGCCCACGCGUUACUGGAGCUAGCGAUGCGUAACCGGGUCUUGGCUUCGACUGCAAAGAACAAAACCUCCUCUCGUAGUCAUACACUGCUCACCAUCUCGAUCAAGCGUCGGCGUCGAGGCGCUAAGAGCAGGUACCCUAGCACUUCGACGAUCUCGUUCGUGGAUUUGGCCGGCUCGGAACGUGUGGACGGUGCUUUGCAUUUCCUUCGAGCCACGCGUGCGCGGCAGGAACAGCGGAUUCGGGAGGCGAAGUUCAUUAACCGGUCGUUGAGUGCGCUUGGAGGUGUCAUCGCGGCGUUGGCGCAACCAAAGAAUGGCACGCCUGGCCAACCGCACAUUCGGUUUCGAGACUCACAACUGACUAAACUACUCCAAGGUCGUCUCAUGGGAGGUCGUGGACGGCUGCUAUUGAUCGCGACGGUGGAUGAUCAGCCUAAGAAUGUCUCGGAGACGCUGUCAACGCUUAAAUUUGCCGCACAAUGCCGACGUGUG